CUCCAACAUGACAGACACUCCUCGAAAAGACGACAGCAGCAGGUCCAACAGCGAGGACUCUCCGUCCCCUAACCGUCCUCUCCAUGGGCAAAACCCUGAUUUAGACGCAGAGAGUCAAACCUUCCUGCCUAAACAUAACGCAGGCAAAAAUGCCUCCGUCAGCAUGUCCGUCUUCAACCUGGGCAACGCCAUCAUGGGCAGCGGCAUCCUAGGUCUGUCCUUCGCCAUGGCCAACACCGGCAUCGCCCUGUUUGUGAUUCUCCUGGUUGUUGUUGCCGUUUUCUCCUUGUAUUCUGUUCACUUGUUGCUAAAGACAGCAAAUGAAGCAGGUGCUGUUGUUUACGAGUCACUGGGUCACAAGGCCUUUGGGAUCCCAGGAAAACUGGCUGCUUCCUGGUCCAUCACCAUGCAGAACAUUGGAGCCAUGUCGAGUUACCUCUUCAUCAUCAAAUAUGAACUCCCCAUUGUCAUUCAGUCCUUUACUGGAGCAAAUGAUGGUGAAUGGUACAUCUAUGGAGAUUACCUUAUAAUUCUGGUCUCGAUUAUUGUUAUCCUGCCUCUCUCAUUACUCAGGAAUUUAAGUAGUCUUGGUUACACCAGUGGUCUAUCUUUGCUCUGCAUGGUGUUUUUUCUGAUUGUGGUGAUCAUAAAGAAGUUCCAGAUUCCAUGCCCUCUGCCUGUUCCUGACUCUGGAAAUAAAACCAUGCAUAUGUUCAACAGCGACAACGCCACUACAGAUGAUGACACUUGCAAGCCUAAAUACUUUGUCUACAACUCACAGACUGUCUAUGCUAUACCCAUCAUCACUUUUGCCUUCGUGUGCCAUCCUACUAUCCUACCCAUGUAUGAUGAGCUCAAAGACCGGUCACGCCGAAAGAUGCAGAAUGUGGCCAACGUGUCCUUCCUGGCCAUGUUCAUCAUGUACCUGCUGGCUGCCCUCUUCGGAUACCUCACCUUCAACAUCCACGUGGGACCUGAGCUGCUCCACACCUACUCAAAGUUCUACAAGCACGAUAUUCUCCUGCUGGUUGUUCGUCUGGCUGUGCUGGCCGCUGUCACACUCACGGUUCCUGUGGUGCUCUUCCCUAUUCGUACCUCAGUCGGCCACCUGCUGUUCCCAAAAAAGUACUUCAGCUGGAUCCGUCACGUUAUUAUCACCCUGAGCCUGCUAGCAGGAACCAACAUUCUGGUCAUCUUUGUCCCCAGCAUCAGAGAUAUUUUUGGCUUCAUUGGUGCCUCUGCUGCUGCAAUGCUGAUCUUCAUCCUGCCCUCAGCGCUUUAUAUCAAACUGGUUAAGAAGGAGUCAAUGAUAUCAGCUCAGAAAAUUAUGGCUCUGAUGUUCCUGAUAUUAGGAUUAGUUGUCAUGUUUGUCUGCAUGACUCUUAUCACCUACGGCUGGAUCGUGAACUCUAUGAAAGAUCAAGGUCACUGAAGCUCCAGCUCUUCUGCUGGUGGAGAAGAACUGAAGUUUAUUUUCUUUCAAUUUAAUUUAAAGUUAUUUGUUGCUAUACUUUACUAAGAUAUCGAUUAUGUCCUAAAAGGCAGCUUCCAGUUAAACGCCUAUUUAAUAUUUCCCCUAAGCUCAUGUAAAGUCACAGACUUUUAUCAGACUCUUUGUGCUCAAUAUCAUCUGGAUAUAUUUUAAUUACAAUUUUUUAAAUAAAUAAACAAUUACUGCAACUUUAAAUCUAAUGGGUUUUUUUAUAAAGCACUGCAGCACCGCUGCAGAAAAGCUGGCCCGACUAGAUUUUCUAG